AUGAAAGACAGGGGAAAAAGAGAGCUAGAACCAUAUAAUAACAAUGGAGAUUGCUUUGAUGAAAAAUUCCCAGAUUUUCCCUGCAAAAAACACCCAACUUCAUCAUCUUCUUCUGGUGGAAUUUGUGCUUAUUGUCUUACUGAUAGACUAGUUCAGUUAGUCUGCCAACAAUGUGGGGAACAAAAGAUAACUUCUUGUUCUUGUUCUGAUAUCAUCUCAACUUCAAAUUCAAGUUCUUCUGAUGUUGGAAGAAUCUCAUUCUUGCUUGAGAAUGAGAAGAAGGGUGGUCCUGAGAUUUCGGGUUCGAAACCGAAACACGAGCAAAGGUCAUCACAAUUCAGCAAUGUAUACACUGAUGAAUUUGCCCAUCUGAAAAGAUGCAGCAGCAUUGCUCUGAAUGACAGUAAGAGAUCAGAAACAGCAGGAAAGUUCUGGAAGAUUAAGAGGUUGUUUAGGAAGAAAAGAGACAAGAUUAAUCAGAUUAAGAUUAAUGAGGAGAAUUAUGAAUGUAAUGGGGUUUCAAGAUCAAGAUCACUUAGCAGUUUUAGAGGGUUUUAUGAUACUGAUGAAAUUGGAGGGUUUCCUGUUUCUUAUUCUGCUGCAAGAGCUUCUAAUGUAAGCACUGGAAAUUUCAUGUUAGAUUCUGCUAAAAGAAGCUGUUUUAGUGAAUCUGAAGCAAGAAUUAGCAACUUUGAUUAUUGUGAUUCCUCCAAUUUGGUUGGUCCAAAUAAGAAUAGUAAUAUAUUUUCAUUAAAGGAGACUGAAUUUGUGAGUUCUGAUGAUCCUGCAUUUAUAGAUUUGAAACUGAAUGAUAAUACUAGUAUGUCAUCAUCAGAUUAUUCAAAGGUGCCUGAUCUUGCUGCUAUGAGGCGAAACGGGCUCGGGUUAUCGAUGAAGGAGUUCGGGUUUCGAAGGGUGGAUGUUUUGGUGCAUGAGAUGUUCAGCAAUGGAGGGGGAUCAUGUAGGAUUAGUGGUAGUGUUAGGGAAAGGGAAUUGAAGAAAUGCAGAAAGAAUAACAAGGUUUGGAAAUGGUUUUUCAGGCCUCAGAAUAGUUCUGCUAAAUUUGAUGAUCAUGAUUUUAAGUCUUGA